UGUCUAACUCAGCUUUUUUUAUCUUCUCCAACAAUUCAGAGUCUAUCUUUUUUCUUUGCUUUUGAUUAUACCUUGAUAUUAAGCUUGUGUUGUGAUGAGAAUUGUUAGUGAUAUAGGGAGAGUUUAAUUUUCUAAAAUUCUUAUGACUGAUCUCAUAUUUGAUGCUUAGAUUCCCAUAUGAAUUUUUACACCACCACACAUUUCAACAAUCACACUUUGGUAAUGUCGUAAACUUACUUAAAAUUGAACUAUGAUUUCCAUGUGUUCUUUCAUCCUCCGUAUAUGUUAUGCUUUUGAUGUGAUAUAACUUUUGAUAUAGUUUUGAUGUGAAGUGGUUAUAUGGCGCCGGAGUAUGCAAUGGAGGGGAUCUUUUCAGAGAAAUCUGAUGUGUAUAGCUUUGGAGUGUUGAUAUUGGAGAUUGUGAGUGGAAGAAAAAACAUUAGCUUUCGAGGAUCUGAACAUGGAAGUCUCAUCGGUUAUGCGUGGUAUUUAUGGAGCCAAGGAAAGACAAAAGAGAUGAUAGAUCCAACGUUGGACAGUCGAGACGUAGCGGAAGCGAUGAGAUGCAUUCACGUGGGGAUGUUGUGUACACAAGAUUCAGUCAUCCACAGACCAAACAUGGGUUCGGUAUUGUUGAUGUUGGAGAGUCGAACAGGUCAACUUCCACGUCCGAGACAGCCUACCUUCCAUUCGUUCUUGUACUCCGGUGAGAUUGAUGAACUAAACUUGGAUGGUCAAGAUGUUGCCACGGUCAACGAUGUUACUUUCACCACAAUUGUUGGUAGAUGACUCUCAUUGACCAUAAAUUAGUCUUCCCCUACGCNCCUUUGACUAUUCGUCGUGUUUUCCCCAUAG